AUGGAGUUGGGGGAUUAUGACCAGCCUGUUGUUAUGAGAGAAGAAAACAAACGAAGGAGAAGAAGAAUGAAACCUCAUUGUACGUCAAGUAAUUUGUCAUCAAUGGAACUCAUAUCCAUUGAGUUCAUUUUACCUACAAGCAAUAAACAUACUAAAGUGCCAGAAAUUAUGUUACUCGAAAUAGCUGGCAACUGUACGGUUGAGCAAAUGAAAGCACAGAUUUGGAUGCGUGCAAUAGAGAUGAGUCAAACCACGGACUUCUACCACACGUUCACCCCAGAUCAGUUUAUUCUGCAGUAUCAGAAGAAGGGGCAAUGGUAUGAAAUUUAUGAUAAACAUCAAGUAUUACAGACAUUGGACUGCAUACUGUACUGGAAAGUGUUACAGAAAAAGGUAGGCAAGAUCUAUGUUGUCCAGAAACAAAAGCCAUCAGAAGAAGUGCAGGAAUUUCAGCGGCAGCUUAACGAUUUAAUUGGUUAUGAUGUCACUGAUGUAAGCAAUGUGCAUGAUGAUGAACUAGAAUUUACCCGUCGCAGAUUAGUCACUCCACGAAUGAUAGAGGUAGCCUGUAGAGAUCCUAAAUUGUAUGCAAUGCACCCAUGGACUACAUCUAAGCCACUCCCAGAAUAUUUAUUUAAAAAGAUCACUAAUAAUAACAUUUUCAUAAUCAUACAUAGAGGAACAACUAGCCAAAAAAUUAAAGUGUCAAUAGAUGACACUCCAGAUAUGAUUCUCCACAGCUUUUUCACAAAAAUGGCAAAGAAGAAGUCUUUGAUGGAUAUUCCUGAAGAUCACAGUGAACUGGAUUUUGUUCUCAGGAUUUGUGGCAGAGAUGAGUACAUUACUGGAGAGACACCAAUCAAAGAUUUUCACUGGAUAAGACAAUGCCUUAAGAAUGGGGAAGAAAUCCACCUUGUCUUAGACAAUCCCCCUGACCCAAAGGAGGAUGAGGUUCAGAACGAAGAGUGGCCCUUGGUGGAUGACUGUACCGGAGUUACAGGGUAUCACGAACAAUUGACAAUAGAUGGAAAAGAUCAUGAGAGGGUGUUCACUAUCUCUUUGUGGGAUUGUAAUAGGAAAUUUAGGGUGAAAAUAAUUGGCAUAGAUAUCCCAGUUUUACCAAGAAAUACUGAUCUUACUGUGUUUGUGGAGGCUAACAUUCAACAUGGGCAACAGCUCCUGUCACAGAGGAGGACUUCAUCAAAGCCUUUUACUGAGGAGGUUCUGUGGAAUAUUUGGUUGGAGUUCGAUAUCAAAAUCAAGGAUUUGCCUAAAGGUGCACUCUUGAAUCUUCAGAUAUACUGUGGUAAAGCGCAGGGACUGUCCACAAAGACGAACCUUCAGUCACAUGAAUCGCCCAGCUCUGAUUCAAAAUGCAAAACUCAGCUUCUCUAUUAUGUAAAUCUUUUGUUGAUAGAUCACCGUUUCCUCCUGCGAAGUGGGGAGUAUGUGCUCCACAUGUGGAAAAUUCCAGGCAAGGGGGAAGAACAAGGAAGUAUAAAUGCAGACAAACUGACAUCAGCAACUAACCCAGAUAAAGAAAACUCAAUGGCUAUCUCUAUUGUGCUGGACAAAUACUGUCACCCAAUUGCCUUGCCCAAGCACAGAAUAACAUCAGACCCCCAAGGGGAUAGGACACGAGCUGAAAUGCCCAACCAGCUUCGCAAACAACUUGAAGAGAUCAUAGCAACGGACCCCCUUAAUCCACUUUCUCCUGAGGACAAAGAACUCUUGUGGCACUUUAGAUAUGAAAGCAUAAAGCACCCCAGAGCGUAUCCUAAGCUGCUUAGCUCUGUGAAAUGGGGACAACAAGAAGUAGUAGCCAAAACAUACCAGUUACUAGCUAAAAAGGAGGUUUGGGAUCAAAGCACUUUAGAUGUUGGACUCACAAUGCAGCUCCUGGACUGUAACUUUUCAGAUGAAAAUGUCCGGGCGAUGGCAGUUCAAAAACUGGAAAGUUUAGAAGAUGAUGAUGUUCUUCAUUAUCUUUUACAGCUUGUGCAGGCUGUGAAAUUUGAGCCAUAUCAUGACAGCGCAUUAGCCAGAUUUCUGCUAAAACGGGGUUUGAGAAACAAAAGAAUCGGUCACUUCUUGUUUUGGUUCUUAAGAAGCGAGAUUGCCCAGUCCAUGCAUUACCAGCAGAGGUUUGCGGUCAUCCUGGAAGCCUAUCUUAGGGGCUGUGGAAAAGCAAUGCUACACGAUUUCAUGAAGCAAGUUCAAGUAAUUGAAUUGCUGCAUAAAGUCACAAUGGAGAUAAAAUCAGUUUCUGCAGAAAAGUAUGAUGUCACGUCUCAAGUUAUUGCACAGCUGAGGCAAAAGCUUGAAAAAUUACAGAGCAGCAAACUUCCAGAAAGUUUUAGAGUUCCAUAUGAUCCUGGGCUAAGAGCAGGAGCCCUAGUGAUAGAAAAAUGUAAAGUAAUGGCAUCAAAGAAGAAGCCCCUCUGGCUUGAGUUUAAAUGUGCAGAUCCAACAGCUCUGUCAAAUGAAACCAUAGGCAUAAUCUUCAAACAUGGAGAUGACCUCCGUCAGGACAUGCUUAUUUUACAGAUUCUUCGAAUUAUGGAAUCCAUUUGGGAAGCAGAAUCCUUGGACCUCUGUUUGUUACCGUAUGGUUGUAUUUCUACAGGGAACAAAAUAGGAAUGAUCGAAAUUGUAAAAGAUGCUACAACAAUUGCCAAAAUUCAGCAGAGUACAGUUGGCAACACUGGUGCAUUUAAGGAUGAAAUACUAAAUCAGUGGCUCAAGGAAAGAUGCAUGAUAGAAGAGAAGUUUCAGGCAGCUGUGGAAAGAUUUGUUUAUUCUUGUGCUGGAUACUGUGUGGCAACCUUUGUACUUGGCAUAGGAGACAGGCACAAUGACAACAUUAUGAUUACAGAAACAGGUAACCUUUUCCAUAUUGAUUUUGGCCAUAUUCUUGGGAAUUAUAAAAGCUUCCUUGGAAUUAAUAAGGAAAGAGUACCUUUUGUGUUGACUCCGGAUUUUCUGUUUGUCAUGGGGACUUCCGGAAAGAAGACGAGUCUCCAUUUCCAUAAAUUUCAGGACGUAUGUGUGAAGGCUUAUUUAGCUCUUCGACAUCACACAAACCUUCUGAUCAUCCUGUUCUCCAUGAUGCUGAUGACUGGAAUGCCCCAAUUAACCAGCAAAGAGGAUAUUGAAUAUAUCCGGGACGCACUGACAGUAGGGAAAAGCGAAGAAGAUGCCAAAAAGCAUUUUCUUGAUCAGAUAGAGGUUUGCAGAGAUAAGGGCUGGACUGUGCAAUUUAACUGGUUUUUACAUCUUGUGCUUGGAAUCAAACAAGGAGUAGAAAAGCAUUCUGCUUAA